AUGGAGCAAGAGCUGUCAGUGUUUGAAUCGGUGUGGCCCGACAUCACAAGGCAGAGCCACUGGGAGUGGGAGUCGGCGUUGAGCGGCAUUGUUGCGAGCCUGACGCCCGGGCCGCAGGACCACGAGCGCCGCGCCCUGCUGGUGGCCGACCUCAACGCGGCGCUGUCGGACAUGGGCCUGCACGUGCGGCCGUUUGGCAGCUUCCUCUCAAACAUGGGGUUCCCGGACUCGGACGUCGACCUGCUGCUGGCCGGCACCUGGAACGGGCAGGCGCCCUACUUGCUGCCCGCCAACGGCUGCAAGACGCUGUUGAGGAAGGUUGCGUCGCGGCUAUACGACCGCAGGCUGGUCCGCGGCUCGAUCGAGUUUGUGCUGCAUGCGCGCGUGCCGCUGCUGAAGUUUGUGCACUGGCAGACUGGCGUGGAGUGCGACCUGACAGUGCAGAGCUACGACGGCGCCCUCAAGGGCCGCUUCAUGGCGGCCAUUGCGCAGCUUGAUACCAGGUUCCCAUCGCUAUUCCGGCUCGUCAAGCUGUGGGCGCGCACCCACGAGUGCAACGACGCCAGCCAGUCCACCCUCAACUCCACGUCCCUCAUGUACAUGUGCAUCUUCUUCCUGCAGCGCCUCGGCGUGCUGCCCCCGCUGCGCGCGCUGUGCCCGAAAGAGCUCGCGCGGCUGCCCGCUCCGCCGCCCCUGGAGCAGCAGCAGCGGCAGCCGCAGCAGCAACAGCAGCAGCAGGCGGAUGACCCAAUUUUUGGCGGCAGGGAGGCCGCCAGGGCCGUCCUCUCCUCCGAUGGCAGCAGCGGCGGCGGCGGCGGCGGCGGUUCGGCUGGGGGUUGGGAGGACGUGCGGCUGCUGGACCCCCGGCUGCGCGGGCUGUGGGUGCGCGAAGAGGCGCUGGAUGAUCUGGUGGCUGCAGUGGACGGCCGCGCCGCGGAUCUGAACCGCGCGAAGCAGCGCGCCCUGGCCGCCAACGGCUCCGGGGGCGGGGCGGUGGCAGGCGGGGUUGCGCACGCGGACGCGGACGCGGACGGGGGCGCGGGCGCGCACGCGGCGGCGGCGGUGGCGGCAGUGGGGCACGACCUGACGCAGCUGCUGGUCGGCUUCCUGUGCUACUGGGAGCUGCCGUUUGGGGCUUGGGCGGAGGGGCGGCACAGGGACUGGCGGCCCGACUGCUGGAACGGCGUGUGGCGGCGGCAGCGGUUUGCCAAGGCGUACCUCUGCCCCCUGGAGGACCCCUUUGACGCGACCGACAACCCCGCGCGCUCGGUUGGCUCGGAGUCUGUGUCCCCCGGCAGCCAGCACCUGUACAUCGCCGCCGUCCUGGGCAGCAACGCCGCGGCGCUGCGCCGCCUGCUCUGCGGCCCGCGGGACGCGGGGCCCGCCGCGGAGGCGAGCGGCGUGCGCGUGCUGCGCGGGCUCGCCUGGACGCUGGGGCCGCGCGGGCUGGCGCUGCUGCGGCCGGCGCUGCCGGAGGCGCAGCUGCGCAUGCUGUUUGACGUCGCGGGCGACCCGAAGAUCGGGUCCCCCCUGAAGCGGCUGCUGGCACACUUGGGGGCCGACAUGGUGCCGGAAGAUAUUUUGGACCACGCCUGCUGGCGGGCGCUGCGCUCGCAGCAGAAGUCGGAGGCGAGGGAGCAGGCCGGCGGCCCGCCGCAGGGCGAGGCCGCGGCCGGCGGCCGGCAGAAGGCUGCUCGGCUGCAGCAGCAGCAGCGACAGCCGCAGCAGCCGCGGCAACAGCAGCAGCAGCAGCGGCAGCCGCAGCAGCAGCGGCCUGCGGCGCAAUCUCAGCAGCGCCAGCAGCAGCAGUACCCGCCGGCAUCUUAG